AUGGCUGUGGUCUUCUCCAUGCUUCAACAUUCGACGUGUCCCGAGAACCUGGCCUUCCACUUCCUCUCCGCCCAUGACGACACUCCCGAACUCUUCUCGAGCAUCAAAUCCACCUUCCCUUUCAAGAUGAAGAUUUAUCGGUUUGACUCUAAGAGGGUCUGCGACAAGAUAUCCAAGUCCAUUCAACAAGCCUUGGACCAGCCCCUGAAUUACGUCACAAUAUACCUAGCUGAUACCAUCCUAGAAGACGUGAAACGCGUGAUAUAUUUGGACUCUGACCUGGUGAUGGUUAACAACCUAACCAAACUUUAUGGUGUUGAUAUGAAGAGUCAAGGUGCGGUGCGAAAACACACCGGUAGUCGGUGCGAUCCUGACAACAAUAAUAUGCUAUGGUGA